ACCUCGCUCGUCCACACAAUCUACCAAUUUAGGGGUGAAGGUACAACCAGCUCUGCUUUAGUUAUGGAUAAUUGGCUUACAGUCUACGGACUAAGUGCCAUUUGCAUAGCCAUGCAAUUUUCCAGCAGCAGAGCAGGCUUUUUGGAACGGAACUAUCCGCCCAGUGUGUCUGAAGAUGCACAUAUGACGACGCUGGAACUGCUGGCCAAAUACAAGUAUCCAAACGAGGCACACUUUGUUACCACUUCGGACAACUAUAUACUGGGAAUGCACCGCAUCCCUAGACCGGGGGCUCAGCCCGUCCUGCUUGUACACGGAAUUCUGGACAGCUCUGCCACAUGGAUAAUGAUGGGACCACAAAGUGGAUUGGCAUAUUAUCUGUACGACUCUGGCUACGAUGUCUGGAUGGGAAAUAGUCGCGGCAAUACCUAUUCUCGUAACCACACUUCCCUGGACCCCAACGAAGAUAGUGCUUUUUGGAACUUUUCGUGGCAUGAAAUGGGAAUCUAUGAUCUGCCUGCAAUGAUCGAUACGGUGCUGAAUGUGACGCGAUUUGCGAAGUUAACCUACUACGGCCAUUCGCAGGGCUCCACUUCCUUCUUUGUGAUGGCUUCCAAGCUGCCAGAGUACAAUGACAAAGUACAUCUGAUGAACGGCUUCACGCCCGUGGCAUUUCUCGGUCACAUGAAGACGCCAACUUUCCAUUUGAUAAUCACAAAAGUUCUCAUAUUUACUGGCUCUAAUGAAGCCAUUGAGUUGUAUCGACAUUCCCAUGACAAUAUGCAUAUCUGUCUAUUAUCAGUGCUCUCAAUGAGAUUUUGUCUGUAUUACCUCUUUAGCGCGAUUGGAAACAACGAGAGGGAGUUAAACAAGACCAUGAUUCCUGUUAUAUUUGGCCAUUUGCCUGCCGGGUGCAGCACUCUUCAGAUCAAACACUACUUGCAGCUCACUAGGUCUGGCCGAUUUCAUGCCUUCGACUACGGGGCGAAAAUUAAUAGACGGAUUUACGGCCGCCUGGACCCACCGGAUUACCCCAUCGGACGUAUUACUGCACCCAUUGCUUUGUAUUAUACCCAUAACGACCCCAUUUCUGUGCCCGAAGAUGUUCAGAGGCUAGCAAAUCAGCUGCCGAACGUGGUCGUUAACCAUUUGUACUCAAAUCCGAAAUGGAAUCAUCUAGAUAUAAUGUGGGGCGCCAGCAUGCGCUUUCGAACGCAUCCGCACAUAUUGGCGAUCUCAAGACAGUUUGAGAAAACUAUAGAAAAUGAACACAGUUUUGACCUAAGAAUUUGAUCAAUUACUUUGAUGGCUCAUUAAAGCUCCUGGAAAUUUGAAAAGAUUUAAAAAGAACGUGCAGAUUGACGCUGCGGUAAUGCUAUUUCACCUGAAUACUUUUGAAAAUAUGCUUCAAGCGUAUUGUAUUUAGGCAGGCAAAGAUUUGUUCAAUGAUAGCUUUUCAAAUUGUUUAA